AUGGAGGCCACAUCGUCGAGCGAUUACCAGCAUUUGAUUGAUGUAAGUGCAUGUAAUAUGUAGCUUCUACAUUCUUUUUGACAACGUCAAAUUUUAAUCGCCGAAUUUCAUUCUUUAAAAGGUUGAUUUUAUUUGUCCAAUAAAAAAAUCAUCAGAAGCUCUUGGCCACGUUUUUUUGAUUGUAUGUCGAUGGCGCUUUAAAGACGUACUUGUAAAAAAUUAACCCUUUAAAAACGUAUUGAUUGUAAAAACUUUUUAAUCAAACAAGGUCAACAGAGUCAUGUAGUCUGUAACCUUCUUUUGCGACUGUUUUUUAUGACGCGUUAUGCCAAAAAAAUCGAAUGCUUUUUAGCGAGAACGUAAAAGUAUUAGGCUCACAUUGUUAAUUAGUCAAAUAUUCCCAACAGACGGUUAAUUCCCUACAUUUCAGAUAUUUAAAUACCUCGACAAUGAAUCUUUGCAACAGUUGCAACUUGCAUCCAAACUUACCUACGACAUCGUGAAAGAGCACUUUUAUCAACUCAGCCGACCGAAUUUAGAAAUUGUCCAGAUCCACAAAGCCGAUGAUAAAAUUCAAUGCCGAUGUUUACAUAAAAAUGGGAAAGCAAGAACGUUUGAGACCCACAAUAUUCGCGUAAGCUUUUUGAUGACGUUUGAUGCAACAAUCUUCCAAUGUAAUCAUCAAAAUUUGCAUUGCAGGAAGCGUUCCGAUGGCUGAACCCCUUGAUCCACAACACAAAUAUCCGUUUGUUCGCAAUGAUUCAAAUAAAUCUCAGCGAUUCCUGUCUCCACGAGCUUGCCGGCUGCCUUCCCUGCCACAUUAAGCAACUCAGCAUGAGUGGUGUGGAUUUUUUGGAGAUUUCACCAAGUGUUUUUGAAGAUAUGCUGUCGUUAACGCUACGCGCCGAUCGCUAUGCUUUCACAUGCGUUACAAAUGUGGCCAGCGGGCAUUUUAAUGGAAAAUUGUUGGAGAGUGAGGCAUUUAUGGAAGCGGAACAGGUACAGGUUUCCACCAUAAUAUGUACAGAUUAAUUCUUGUAGAUUGAUAUCGACAUUUUGAGCUUUCAACAUCUCACAUUGCCGUGCCUAUCGUUCUAUGAGAAUUCCAUAAUCACUUGGUUUUUCCAUGGUCGUCAAGAGAUCCGAAGGACCUUAAUUGGCAAUCGACUCUGUUUGGGACCAUUUUUCUUGGCUGUCCUUUUAAAGGUAAGAUUUUAACUCACAGUAUAAGGUCUCAAGUGCGACGCAUAGAUCUUUUAAACUUUUCACAGUCGUUGGGCGCAGGGAAGAUGCCAGUUUACACAAAGUUGGCUAGCGCUUUCAAGGGCCAUAUAACUUAAACUUGUGCCAAUAAAAUCUCGAGCGGCCCACCGCACGUGGGCCGCUCCCCUGGCCGUAAAUAAAAUCAAAAUGCUUAGUUUUCAGACAUUCAUGGAGGAAACAACUUCAAGGCCGGCUCAGAUGGUCCUCUGCGGCCGGAUCACUCAAUGCACCGAAUCGUAUAAACAUCUCAUGCACCUGAAAAGAGGAAAAACAGUGCUGACCGUGAGGAAUGAGAGAACCGCCGAGGAACUUAUCAUCUCAAUGCUGGCGUCCGAGGAUAAGGUCGAGGUGUGCAGAAGUGAACUUAGCAAUAACAACCAUGUAAAGCGAUUAAGGCCGGUUGGUCAAGCUGUUCGUUAA